GUUUGAAACACAACUCAUUUCUUGGUUGACGAUUGAAUAUGCCUUUUCAUAAUCUGUAUGCGUCUAAAGUUGUCAACAAUUUCAGACUUUAAUAGCAAGUUAUAUUUGAUUUGUAUGCAAUACCUGUGAUUAAACGCAAAUCAUCUGAUUAUUGAAUUUUGAAUACGAUUUGAAAACAAUUCAUACGAAAGUUAUUGUGAGACAAAAACAUACACAACAACUACUCCAAGAAUUUCGCGGAUAAUACCAUUGAAAACAAUAUAAUUCUUGUUUUGAAAACAAACCGAUUCUGUGAUGCCUUCCCUGCCGUGUCUGCAAACUCUUCAGCGAGAGUUAGCCGACUCUAUCAUACGAUGCGCUCCACUCGACGACAUCCGGAUACUACUGGCCUGUGGCGCCAAAGUUAAUGAGCCCGUCACUCAAGGGCUCCGACCUUUGCAUUACGCCACGUAUCAGAAGUAUUCAGAAGCCGUGAACCUUCUUCUGGUUCGCGGCAGUGAUGUGGACGCCAUGGAUGAGGUCGGCUAUACAGCGCUGCAUUUGUGCGCUGAGAGGGGUUAUUCAGAUCUGAUGCAAAUGCUGUUGGAUCGCAGCUGUCGAGUGAAGUUCACAGAACUACAUCCCGACGAUAAGGCAUUAGGCAACCCUCCAAGAGCUACAUUGGCUGACGAGCCGUUGAGGUUAGCCAUUAAGAAUGGCCACAAAGAGUGCGCUGAGAUACUGCUCCAGAACGGGGCCGACCCUAACGCCAGAUAUUUCUUGGGCUCCGAAAUCAAUCUGAUUUCACCGCUAAAUAUCACUUUCAUGGAAAUGCUCCUCAAGUUCGGCGCCUGUCCUGACUCGAGAGACAGGUCUGGUUUGACACCAUUGAUGAAAGCCUGCAGACAUCCUCAGGGAUACGCGGCCGCAAAGAUACUGCUCCACUACGGCGCCGAUCCUAACGCUAUGACCUCAGAGCGUCACGACCACCGGACUGUCCUUCAUUACGCCGUAUUGAGCGGUAAUAUAGAUAUCGUGCGACUGCUUCUCCAUCACAGCGCAAACGUCCGAUUCUCCCCCGACUUCCAGAAGCCGACUCCACUGGACUUCGCUAUAUUGAGGGGAAACGUAGAGAUGGUUAAACUGCUCAUCCAUUCGGGCGCAGACGUGAACGUCGGAUCCCCUAUAAUAGGACUGCCCCUCCAUAUCGCGCUGUCAGAGAAAGUUGAGAACAAAGAGGAAAUCGUCAAAAUCCUGUUGGACGCCGACGCCGAUCCCAACGCCAUAACCGUCGAUGAAAGGGGUCCUCUACUGAAGCCGCCGUUAGGCGAGUACUUCAACUCAUCCGAAGCACCCAAUUGUGAAAUAAUCCGAUUAUUACUCAAAUAUGGCGCACGAAUUAUCAUCAAAGCACAAAUCGCAAACCCAAUCGGAAUUCUUAAAGUGAUGCACAGGAUACGACUGAACAUAAGCCUGGAUGUGAUGAAUCUGGUGGUAGAGAUGGCCGAGUCGUUCAGCAUCGCAUCCAUCAAAAGAUGUUCACUUCUGUCAACCCCUCAAAGGGAGCUCAUAUUGCAGACGGCGAUGAAUCCGAUUCCCCUCAAACACAUGGUUCGGGUGGCGGUCCGACACUUUCUCGGCGACUACGGCCAGAAUGUCAUCGAAAAAGUCGAUUUACUGCCGAUACCGGCGCUCAUCAAGAGAUACAUUUUGUACGAAAUAUAGUCAUAACACUAGAACUCCGACCGAAAACGCUUUAAUAAAUUAUAUAAUUUUUUCAUUUAUUAUUAUUCUUAUUAUUCUUUAUUAUUAUUACAAAAAUGAUUUUAUGAUAAGAUUUAAGAAAUUUUGACAACAGUAUUGGCAAAUAUUUCUACCAUUUAUUUUAUACGCAAAACUUUUUAGCUG